CGCUGCUUUUUCAAUAAGAGGAAUAUGAUCGCUUCCUGGCUGACUUUUGCACUUCUUUUGGGAACUUUUGGUGCAGGUAAGGCAUGCCUUUUUUUCUUUCUUUUCCUUCCUCCUCUCUACACACUUUAUUUGAUAUGUUUGCACACAUUAAUGCACACUGGUUACAAACCAGCGAAGUAGCGCAUAGUUAAAUGUUCUCGAGGAUACGAGGUCUGUCUGUGUGACAUGGGCCAGGGUGGAUGGCUGCACUGGAUAUGCACCAAGUUUCGAUUAUUUUCAUACCCAGCCAUGGAGAGGUGGAGACGCGAGAGUGUUUGUACUACAACAUCAACUGGGAGAUUGAGAAGACCAACCAGAGCGGCGUGGAGCGGUGCGAAGGUGAAAAGGACAAGCGCUCUCACUGCUAUGCUUCAUGGCGCAACAACUCGGGAACCAUCGAGCUUGUGAAGAAGGGCUGCUGGUUGGAUGACUUCAACUGCUAUGACAGGCAAGAGUGUGUGGCCACGGAGGAGAACCCACAGGUGUUCUUCUGCUGCUGUGAGGGCAGCUUCUGCAACGAGAGGUUCACACACCUGCCAGACGUUAGCGGACCAGUGAUCGAGCCCCCUCCUGCUGCACUCUCUCUGCUCAACGUAUUGGUGUACUCCCUGCUGCCAAUCACCAUGCUGUCCAUGGCUCUGCUGCUGGCUGUCUGGAUGUACCGCCACCGCAAGCCGCCCUACGGCCACGUCGACAUCAAUGAGGAUCCAGGUCCAGCCCCUCCGUCUCCUCUGAUAGGGCUGAAACCCCUGCAGUUGUUGGAGAUUAAGGCUAGAGGGCGAUUCGGCUGUGUGUGGAAAGCCCAGAUGAUGAAUGAAUACGUGGCUGUUAAGAUCUUCCCCGUUCAGGACAAGCAGUCGUGGCAGAACGAGCGAGAUAUGUUCACCACACCAGGGAUGAAGCAUGAGAACUUGCUGCGUUACAUUGCUGCUGAGAAACGCGGGACCAGCCUGGAAAUGGAGCUCUGGCUCAUUACCGAAUUCCAUGAAAAGGGUUCUCUGACUGAUUAUCUGAAGGGCAGCGUUGUAAGCUGGAAUGAGUUAUGUCACAUUGCUGAAACUAUGGCGUGUGGCCUGGCCUACCUUCAUGAAGAUGUACCACGGUACAAAGGAGAAGGCCCCAAACCUGCUAUCGCUCACAGGGACUUCAAGAGUAAAAACGUGAUGCUGAAGAACGAUCUGACUGCUGUCAUCGGUGACUUUGGGUUGGCGGUGAAGUUUGAGCCUGGAAAAGCUCCAGGAGACACUCAUGGCCAGGUUGGCACGCGGCGGUACAUGGCGCCCGAGGUGCUGGAGGGAGCCAUUAACUUCCAGAGGGAUGCGUUUCUGAGGAUAGACAUGUAUGCCAUGGGACUCGUGCUCUGGGAGCUGGUGUCCCGCUGCACAGCCGCUGAUGGUCCAGUGGACGAGUACAUGCUGCCCUUUGAGGAGGAGAUUGGACAGCACCCGACCCUGGAGGACCUGCAGGAUGUCGUCGUCCACAAAAAGAUGAGGCCUGCGCUGAAGGAGUGCUGGCUUAAACAUCCUGGUCUGGAGCAGUUGUGUGAGACGAUAGAGGAAUGCUGGGAUCACGACGCUGAGGCUCGUCUCUCAGCGGGCUGCGUAGAGGAACGUCUCUCUCAGAUCCGGCGCCUCAGCAGCGGCCCUGCCUCCGACUGCCUCGUCUCAGUGCUCACCUCCGUCACCAACGUGGACUUAGCACCCAAAGAGUCCAGCAUCUGAGAAUGAG